UUUCAAAUUUGACGCUGAGUAGUCGUCGUGCUAAAAAUAAAGUUUUUUUGUGAAAUUAAGUGAUUUAAAAUAUUAUUAACUUGAUGAGUGACUGCUAAACUAAAUGUGCACCAUGGCUACAGUGGCCCAGAAGAAAGAUCUCACUGAGACAUAUAAAAAGUGGACUGUUUCGAACGUUUACUUGUUGAACAAGGUACAAACUUUACCACCAGCGCUAAACUGCAUUUUAUCCAAAGAAAAUGCUUUGGAGAAGCCAACACAGAACCUAUUUAAUCAUUUAACUUACUACUUGGUGUCAAUAAUAGAUCCGCAAGUGCAUAAUGGGCUUACAUGGCCUCUGUACGAUACCAAAGCUGAAAGAGCGUAUAGAAUGGAAGUUUCUAACUUUAUUAACAAUUACAGCAGUAAGGGACUAAUAUCACCUGUAUUAUCGUCAUAUUUAGUGAACCCCGGCUCCUAUAAAGUCACAGUUUUGUUGUUUCAACUCUCAAAACUAGCCAUGCAAGAAAUACUAAAAGCUAAAAUGAAUGAGUCACAGAAGAAAAAGUACAAUGAAAUGACAGAAAUAUAUCAACAAAAAGACACAAACUUCAUAGAGACGAUUGAUAAAGAAACGCUGAUCAUACAAAACAAGUCCUCCAAUUAUUUGUACAAACGUAAAAUUGUGGAACACGCAGCUGAAAAAUUAAGAACUAAAAUCACUGACAUGGAAAAUAAGUUAUCUGAUCUAAAAUGUCAAGAUUACAUCAAGAAUUUAGUUGAUAAUUAUUUACAGAAUCAUAAAAUAGACGAGGAAUUGAAAACUGAAAUAUUAAAAAUAAAAAACCUGAAUGAGCAUUCAAAAUAUUUUGAUUACUGGUUACAGUAUGUAGAUAGCCGAAUAGAAGCUAUGGAAGAUACUUGGAACGUAAAAGUUAACCCAUUUUUGGAUCUAACCACACAGGUUUACGAACAGACUGACUCAUUGAUAAAACGACACACAGGACAAAUGGAGAAAAGUCUAUAUACCAUAGAGUAUGACGCACAGACCGACAAGAUAUGCACUGACCAGCUCGAAGAGCAAGUAAACAGCCAGCAGAAGUUCAUACUUAAAAAUCUGGAGAGAGAUGGUAGACUGAGCUUUCCGAAUUUAUUACGAGCUUACGUUGUAUCUAUUUCUUUUAUUCUAAACAAUAAUGUUGUUGGAGAGGAGAUAUUCCAGUUCAAUGAAUAUUUUGAUGCUUCUAGAAGGAACUAUAAAGAGGUUCUAUUAGCACUGGCAUCAUUGACUGAAAGAAUAAAAAAGGCUGAGAGUAAACUUGAGAUACCUUCCACAAGCUAUGAUCUCACUGCUCCCCGGGAUAACCUACAAAUACCCGUCAUGCCAGAUUUGUCAGAUCUAAAAAUGAAUAGAGGUUUCAAUAUAACAGCUGAGUCCUACACACCUUUCAACAUUAACAAGAACCAAUUCAAGUUGCUCCGAAAAACAAAUGAACAGUUUAAUAAGCCUAUCCACCGAAAUCUUGCACCGAUCUAUCAGGCACCAAAAGAUGACUUCCUCAAAAGCUUAAUAUCAUGCCGAGUUAGCGCAUACGACAUUAAUGGUACUCACUAUAAUGACAAAACAGCAGUGUCAUCUCACAAAGGCAACGAAACAAUAGCAGAAUGCACAGGAUUCACAAAAGAACAGAUCACUCGCUUACUAUCCACAAGAAAGUCGAGCAGUUCAAAGAAAUUUAGAAACAAACAAGAAAGACCGAUCUUGAAGAAGAAAGGAGCAUUAUUUGAUGAGUCAAUACUAUCUAAUGACAGUAAUGGAAUGUACCGCAGUUAUUCAUCGCCAAAUCUAUUCGAAAACAAAGAGAGAAGACCGAUAAACAAAAUCCAAGGACGUAAACUGUCUAUAAUGAAAGAGGAUAGUCGUUCACAGUUUGAGAUGACAGGAAUAACAAGCCUAGACUUUGACAUUGACAAUACACCGCAAGGCAUCGCAGAGAGCUCUAGAAAAGAAGAAAAUGCCAGCACACCAGUGAUAAUGAUUACAAAUACAGCAGAGGAAAGAAUUAAUAAUAUUCUCAGUAAUAUGGGUAACAAUAUCUCACCGAUAAUAGAAGUGUCACCGAUUUUGUCUGGCAAAGACAAUAUGUCACCUCUGUUAGAAGCACCAAAGAGCGAGACCUUGAAGGUAGAAACGCCACAGUCAAACUCCCAGCUCAUUAAGAAAACUAGCUCUUUAGAGAAAAUAAUUAACCGUUUCAAGAGGGUACGAGCAAGUGUGCUCCCAGAAAGAGAAGAUAUUAGAACAAUUGUCGAAGAAAAGAACAUUCUUACGAAUAGACUUUUGUUACCGGACUUGUUAAGUCCAAGUUGCAGUAAUAAACCGAGUGUAAAUAUUAAUUAUGAUCAAAUUGAUAUCGAUAAGCCGGUCAGACGGCCUCGUGAGAGUCUGGGUACAGUUUUGGGUGUGGAUGAAACGUUUUUAGAUCAAUUUGAUUUGAUAGACUGAAAAUUAUUGUGUUAAUUUUAAGUGUAAAUUAUUGAUUUUAAUAGUAUGUUGAGAUGAAAGCAUGGCUACUGUAAACCUUUCUUAUUUUAACGUUAACAAUGAGCUAUUCAUUAAUACUAUCUUUGUCUGAUAUGUGAGAAGUCAUUGAACAAAAUUUUUUGUUAGUAUUUUUAUUUAUAAGAGUAAGGCUGCAUUUCCACCAGAGAUUGGGAGGAAUGUGCUUACCAAUAGAAUUGCUUCAUUGACAUAACUUGGUCAGUGCAGCGAUUCUAUUGGAUCUUAAAAACACAUUCAAACACAGCCUAAGAGGCAGGCAUGCUACUGUUGGCUAAAAACCAACUACAGCUUUAAAUUUUGCAGGUCAAAACAAUAAAAAUCAGAAUCAUUGUUGUAUUAACAAACUUGAGAGGUGUCAAGGGACACUCGA